AUGAUGAGGACUGACCAACCGGGUUGCUCCCCAGUCCUUCCUCUGAUGACCCAAGCGUCAAACUCCUCUGGCCUGUAUACACGGUGACAUCUAAUUGUGUCUCUCACUGUCCCUCUUUUACAAUAUUGCUGCUUUUACGGUUGUGUUCACUUCUUGUUCAUAUUAUCCAAUAAUGCUGUAAAAUAUUUUAUCUCCUUUUGUUUGUCUAUGAAGAAUAAAGAUUGUUUCUACAUUUUCUUCAGUGUGUCACGUUGUUUUGGUUUGGAAAGUUGGCAUCAUUUUGAAAUAGGUAACAUGUACUCUGACACAUUCCACGUGUCUGACAUGUGCCUGGCUGGCUGUGAAUGGAAUUUGGGAUUAACUGCUAUUCGUAAAAUAUCAUAUUAACUCUAAAUUUAGCAGAGGACACAAACACCUAUCUGACGCACUCGGUCUCUCUUGCACCUCCAUCACUUCUGUUUUAUUUAGGAUUUUCUCUUAUUCCAAUGUAAACCUUAUCUCCCCAGAUGUUCCUCCUACAUUAUUUAUUUGAUGCCUGUCCUGUCAGUCUUUCUAUUUUAAUCACUGCUAUUUUAAGCCGUACAAAUGAUGGCACCUAAAUUGAUAUUUAGUCAGGCAAUUCCACGUUAAGAGUAAUGCUGAGAAUAAGAUUUUUCACUUUAAAAUGUUUUUUUUUUUUAACAAUGAUUGAAAAGUUAAACCAUACAACUCUAUGCGCAAGGACUACUUUUAAAUGUCCACUGAACAUUUUACUACAACAAAAAUACUUGAACAGUGCAGAUGUGAAGUUUUGUAACAACGACUGUGCUGUUGGUGCAGCUUUUUGUUGUUGUUUUGUGUGUGUGUGUGUUUUGGAUGAGGCUCUAAGCGCAAGGGUAGCAACAAGGGGGGACAGAGAAGGAGACCAUGGUCGGUGAAGAGGGGUCAACGAGAGGAGCAGGACUUGGACUACUACAGAGGGAGAGGGUGGUCCAUUGAAUACUGGAAUAUCCACAGCCACCCCCCCUAAAGAAUACCACUUUUAGGACCACACAUCAAUUUAGGUAAAUGCAUUGAGUCAAUUUCCCACACUCCCAUCACCAAUAGCCUAUCUAUCUGUACCAUCUGGAUAAUAUCAGUGUACAGGAAAGGAACAGACCACUUAAAAAUCAUAGACAAAUUGCCUCUGAAAAUAAAAACUUGUGAUAGUGACUGUGUUCUGUUGUGAUUCUGCAGUAAGAGCUGAUAUGUGCACCGGCGGUGUGCUGAGGGGGUGCGAGACGCCCUCCUGGCCGCCCGCCCAGACCUCAUUGUGGUUCAGAACCCCCAGAAACCCUGCAAGAAAAGCCUGGAGGUCACACUUGUGGAGGGAGGGAAAG